AUGGUUGAUUCAGCAAAUGGGGGCGCAGCCCCGAUCCCCAUCACCGUUGAGUUUACCGGCGGACUUGAGAUCUUGUUUUCCAAUCAGCGCAAGCACAAAAUCAUCAUGCCUGGCCGCCUGGAUGAUGGGAGCGUGCCCAAUAUCUCAAAUCUAGUUCGGUAUCUGGUUGACAACUUGAUGAAAGACCAAAGGAAGGAACUAUUUAUAAUGGAGGACAAUGUCCGGCCAGGAAUCCUUGUCCUGAUCAACGACGCCGACUGGGAACUUGAAGGCGAAGAAACGUACGAAUUACAGGCAGGAGAUAACAUUGUUUUCGUUUCGACGUUGCACGGAGGCUAG